GACGGUCUCUUCAACUACACAACAAUGGGUAGGGUCAUUCGUUCUCAGAGGAAGCACGGCGGCAUCUUCGUUGCGCAUACCAAGCACAACAAGGCGCCCGCCAAGCUCCGCACGCUCGACUACGCCGAGAGGAACGGGUACAUCCGGGGUCUCGUCCAGGAGAUCAUCCACGACGCUGGUCGUGGUGCUCCCCUGGCUCGUGUUGCCUUCCGCGACCCAUACCGCUUCAAGCAGCGCGUCGAGACGUUCAUUGCCACCGAGGGCCUCUCGACUGGCCAGUUCGUCUACUGUGGAAAGCGCGCUGCCGUCAACGUUGGCAACGUCCUCCCUCUCAGCUCGUUGCCCGAGGGUACGAUUGUCUGCAACGUCGAGGACAAGAGCGGUGACCGUGGCACGCUCGCCCGCACUUCGGGCAACUACGCCACCAUCAUUGGACACGACAACGACGGCAAGAACACCCGUAUUCGCCUGCCCUCGGGCGCCAAGAAGACGGUUCCCUCUGCGUCGCGAGCCAGCGUCGGCAUCGUCGCUGGUGGCGGUCGUAUCGACAAGCCGUUGCUCAAGGCUGGUCGUGCCCACCACAAGUUCAAGGUCAAGAGGAACAGCUGGCCCAAGACUCGUGGUGUUGCCAUGAACCCCGUUGACCACCCUCACGGUGGUGGUAAUCACCAGCACAUUGGUCACGCCUCGACUGUCCCGCGCGACUCGUCGGCUGGUCAGAAGGCCGGUCUCAUUGCCGCUCGUCGCACUGGUCUUAUCCGUGGUACCGUUGCCAAGAAGGAUGCUUAAAAAGGAUCUCCUCUCUCUCGACGACUCUUUUGGAAGAAGACGACGCUCCCCCUUCCUUUUUUUGUACAGGGACUGGGGAUCUGGGGCGGGCUCGUCUACACCUUCUUUGUAUGCUUUUUCCGAUCACACACUACUACACAACCACAGUCCUGUUCAAAAUAGCUCCCAG